CUGUCAAAGAUUUGCUGGUCCUUGGUUUUUGUCAGCAAAUAAAUAGGAGUAGAUCUCUCUCCACUAAUCACACACCUCCUCAACAAUCCUUCAGUACUCUUCAGCACCGCCGGAAAGGAAAGCCUAAUUCAAAAUGAAAUUCAUCCUCCUUGCUGCCUGCGUCCUUGGGAUGGCUGGGUGUGCCCCUCAGCAGAAGUUCAUGGAGUUCGACAUCUACCAUGCUCCGGAUCAGGCAGCCCAGGCUAUCCCUGCUGGAGCCCCAUUGGAAACUCUGGAAGUUCUGCUCCCUGUUGACAGCCAGAGGCAGCCUAUCAGAGGACCGGUUCGUGGUUUCAUCAAGCAAGAGAUCCUCGAGCCAAAUGGCAGAGACACCGAGGACGUGUACUAUCCCUUCGGUUUUGACCCGUUGGCUGCAGCUCCUGCAGCUCCUGCAGCUCCUGCAGCUCCUGCAGCUCCUGCAGCUCCUGUUGCACCCGUCGGACCUAUCGUUGCUGCAAGUGCUCCUGCUGCCAAACCCAGAGGUGAUGAUGAUGAUGAUGACGACGACUAAAAAUAUCAGCAGGACGUGCAUGUCUGUGCACACACAGGUGCAUUUACACACACAGAGAGCACACACUCACACACGUAGGAGGCAUAGAGAGUGUAAUGUGUCACUGAAAUAAAUCAGAGUUUUUAGUUUUCACACAAUAAUUUCUGGGAAAAAAAGAGGUUUCUAUUGUUUUCUCUUCUCUCCCUGAUAACAUGAGUUUUGUCAUCACGAGAGAAGUGUAGAUGUUUUUGCUUGUGUUUGCACUUUAGGUGACCAAUGCAAUAAGACCCGCAGCGUACCCCAGUGAAAGAUGACCAGCGAACACUGCUGUUUCCCCAACAUAUUCAAACAUAUGGUGUCAUGCCUAUGAAAAAAAAACGGUGCUAUAGAGCAAAGUGGCUCUCCACUGUUUCCCUAAAAGAUGGUGCUGUGCUUUCUGAUUUAGAAAAACAUGAGAAAAAGUGAUAUAAAUGCUAAUAAAAAACACCAGAUGCAAUGUAA